AAACGCACAGUGUGGCUUUCUGUUACACAUUGCGGGGCGGAUCCAACGCUGCCUUUAUGAACCCCGGCGUUUUUUUUGUUUUGAACUAACCUAAAACAUAGAACGUGUCCUAUCUUCGUCUCCGGUAACAACUCGGACAGUUUCUUUUCUCCGUUUCUUUCCUUCGGACUGUGCGCUCUUUGGCUGCCGAGGGAUUUUCAAUGCCCUGAUUUUGCGCUUUGAGGAUUUUGCGGCGACCCGGACGUUCUUCAGAGACCACUGGUGUCAUUAGAUAAUUUCUGGGAAUAAACUCUAGAGGAUUUUAUUAUCUGGAAACAUGGAGUUCGACUGUUACCAGCACUAUUUCUUCGAUGAUUUCGACACCGAGGAGGAUUUUUACAAGUCAACCGCACCGAGCGAGGACAUAUGGAAAAAGUUCGAGCUGCUGCCCACCCCUCCCAUGUCUCCCACCCGGACUCUGAGCGACGCUGCUCUGCACCUCACGCCGGGAGACAAGCUCAGCUGGCUGUCCAAAGUGCUGGGUCAGGACGAGGAGUGCGAGGGUCAGUUCAUCCCCGACACGCAGCGGUUGUUCGGCAACCUCAGCUCCCACAUCAUCCGGGACUGCAUGUGGAGUAGUUUCUCUGCCAGCAAGCAGCUGGAGAAGGUCAACGGCAGGGUGCCCGCCGCGGCGCCGACCGCCAUCCCCCCGGUGGCACAAAUCUCCGUGAGACCGAGCAAAGCGCAGUGCGUCUCGCCCGGUGGCCUGCACGCCACCGCGGCGUCUGACUGCGUCGACCCCGCUGCUGUUCUCACCUACCCGGCAAGCAACUGCAGGAAGCCGGCGUCGUCUGGCUCCGAGUCUCGCUCUGAUUCCUCUGAUGACGAAGAGGAAAUCGAUGUUGUCACUGUGGAGAGCAAGCAGAAGCGGGUGCGGCUGGUGAAUGUCAGAAAACCGGUCACCAUCACGGUCCGUGCAGACCCCUGCCCCAAACGCUUCCACAUGUCUGUGCACCGGCAGCAGCACAACUACGCCGCCCGCUCUCCAGACAGCGAGCCAGAAGCUGAGGAGGAGGAGGACGACGAGUAUGAUGAGGAGCCUCAGAGCAAACGGACCUGCUCGACGUCCAGUCAAGGUUCUCAUACGUCCCAGCCAACGUCCCCCUCAGAUACUCCACAAAACUCAGACACAGAGGACACUGACCGCAGACGGAACCACAACUUCCUUGAGAGGAAGAGGAGGAACGACCUCAGGUCUCGUUUCCUCGCCCUACGGGAUCAGAUCCCCGGCCUGGAGUCGGCCAAGACCCCGAAGGUGGCCAUCCUGACCCAGGCGACAGAGUACCUAAUGGAGCUGCACACCAAGGAGAAACGGCAGCUCCAGGAGAAGAAGCGACUCAGAUCCCGACAGCAACAACUUCUCCGCAAAUUAUCUGAACUGAAGCGCUCUUGAGACUCCGAACAAGUGUGCUUCUGAGAUAAACUGCCUCACUCACAGUCAAGAACUCACAAGUUGUCACUUUUGAAAAGCUACCCUUUUAUAGAGCAACAUGCCUCAUGUAAAUAGCUGUGAAUUUUGUUUGGAAUGCAUGCAUAUAUGGCUGUGGGCUUCCUGUGAAUUGACUGUGCUGGCCUGUAAACCUGUUAUGGGGAGGAGCAGUUAGAUCUGUCUUUUUUUUUUAUUUUACUUUUUUUUUUUUGCACAUUGUUUUAGUUCUGAACAGGGGGUUAAUGGAUUGAUUUUAUCAGCUAUGACCAAGAUAUUUCCUGGUAUGCGGUGACAUGAAAUCACUUUCCAAUAGUUUUUGCUAGUGAACAUUGUAGCCUUCAGAAUGUGUGGAGAUGUUUUCAUUUCAUCAUUGCACAUGGAGUGAUGUGUGAAUGGCUUUCUGUGUACAUGAGAGUGAAUGAGUCCGCUCCUGGUUUGUUUGGUUUUGUUCGAAUGAUCAUUUGAUGUACAAUUUGUUCUGUAAAUAAUAGCUUAUUGUUACUGGUGAAGGAGACCCAAGCAAGAGUUGUCACUUGGGUUUGCUCCUCUGUAUGAUGUGCCAUCAGGCACUAAGAUGCUUCUAUUUUGUUAAGAAAAUAGGAAAAAAUGGAAAAAGUGGCACUGCUGUACUUUAUAUUCACACGUCACUUUGUGAUUUCAAUGCUUCUUCUGAUUUUUGGUUGAUCUUUCAAGCAUGCUAACAUCAAUAGCAUCAUUAAAUUUUUAUACCAUA